CACGAAACAACCAAUGAAAUUCACAGAUCACAUCCUUUUUCAACUUCCGGUCUCAUCAAUCAGCCUCUUCCGGAUUUCUUGGCGUGACCGACGUUUCGUGUCUGUUUAGACUUAAAAAAUGCGUUACGUGGCCGCUUACCUGCUCGCUGUUCUGGGUGGAAACACCAGCCCCUCCUCAAAAGACAUCAAGGAGAUCCUGAGCAGUGUGGGAAUUGAGGCCGAUGAUGAACGCUUGAAUAAAGUCAUUAGUGAGCUGAAUGGGAAAGACAUCAACGAAGUCAUGAAUUCAGGCCUCUCCAAGUUAGCCUCUGUACCAGCAGGUGGUGCUGUUGCGGCACCAGCAGCUGCUGGUGGUGGAGCUGCUGGAGGUGGUGGUGCACCUGCUGCUGCGGAAGAAAAAAAGGAAGAGAAGAAAGAGGAAUCUGAGGAGUCAGACGAAGACAUGGGCUUUGGACUCUUUGAUUAAUCUUGCUUCUCUGUCUAUAAAAAGCAAUAAAAAUGUAAAAGGUUUCCACA